AUGAUGAAUGGCACCCAAUGCAAGCUCUUUCAUCACCAACUUUUACACCCCACUUCUGCCAGUAACAUCAGUCUUGUUGGCGUCGCAUCAGUAAGCUACAAAGAAGCAGUGCUGCCCGUUGUUUUGGUUGAUAUCGGUAACCAUGACAACCAUCAGCUAGGAAACCUACUGUUUGACUCUGGUGCUCAGAUAAGUUUAGUUCGGAUGUCACUCGCAGAAAAUCUGAAGCUGAACGGAAAGGAAGUUGUAACCACAAUCACUAACAAGGUUGGAGGCGAGGAGGAAGAAUUACGAACAAAGAUAUACCAAGUUCGUAUCCGCCCACUGAACAAGUCCCAGUUCCAUACAGUAUUGGCCGUUGGCAUUCCCUGCAUCUGUGAAGAGUUGGCCGUUGUGAAUCUCACAAGCAUAGCACAAAACUUCAAAAUCCACCCGGUCAGUCUCUAUCGAGGAAGCGGCUCUGUUGACCUUCUCCUCAGAAUAGACUUAUAUGCCAAGAUGCACUGUGGACAGACAAUAGAGGCUGGAAAUCUAGUUGCCCGUCAAUCACCACUGGGUUGGGUGAUUUUCGGAGCAAUCCCUGGGGAACCAAUGUGA